CAGGAAAUUCCCUGGGAGGCCAACCUUCGUUUACAUUAGUUUGCUUUAGCACACCAGUCGGAGGUGUGUCACAUUACAGCAGAAAACACCCGUCAGCUCCAUCAGACUUGGAUUUGGAGACCAUGGAGGCCAAGUUAAAGAAGGAGUUGGGGACCUCGGUGCUUAAGCCAACUGGACACUCCGGAGGCGGAUGCAUUAGCGAGGGCCAAAGUUAUCAUACCGACACUGGGACAGUGUUUGUGAAGAUAAAUCACAAGAGUCAGGCCAAACUGAUGUUUGAUGGGGAAAUGGCCAGCUUGAGUGCCAUUUUACAGACAGAAACUGUGAAAGUCCCGAAGCCUGUGAAGGUGAUUGAGCUUGACACAGGAGGAUCUGUGUUCGUGAUGGAACAUGUGGACAUGAGAGGUCUUAGCAAGUACUCAAAACAACUUGGAGAGCAACUGGCAGAUCUGCAUCUUCACAACAAGAGGCAACUGGACAAACAAAAUAAGGAGCAGAAGACAGUGGGAAAAGGAGCUGGGCAGUCUGAGAUGCCUGUUGCUGAAAAAUAUGGUUUUCAUGUAACUACAUGCUGUGGAUACAUACCACAGAACAAUGAGUGGCAGGAUGACUGGGUGGCAUUUUACUCCCAGCAGAGGCUGCAACACCAGCUUAACCUAGUGGAGAAGUCCUAUGGAGACAGGGAGGUCAGGGAACUGUGGUCACAGCUGCAGUUGAAGAUCCCCCAGAUGUUCUCAGAUGUGGAGGUUGUACCUGCUCUUCUCCAUGGAGACUUAUGGGGAGGCAAUGUGGCAGAGUGUGAAGAUGGGCCAAUCAUCUUUGACCCGGCUUCCUUCUAUGGCCAUGCAGAGUUUGAGCUGGCCAUUGCUGGGAUGUUUGGCGGCUUCAGCGGCUCUUUUUACUCUGCUUACCAUGACAAGAUGCCAAAGGCACCAGGCUUCGCAAAGAGAAACCAACUGUACCAACUGUUUCACUAUCUGAAUCACUGGAACCACUUUGGCGGAGGCUACAGAGGCUCGUCUCUAAAGAUUAUGAAGGACUUAGUGAAAUAAUUGCACACUCAUCCGCUUGUAGGAAUCUUGAAACUUUUAUGAAGUUUUAUGAAAUUGUUGACAGACACUAAUUUACUGACCUGGCAUUGCUUUUAAUCACUGAAGAGAGUAAUUUAAGAUAUUCCAGAAUCAAGUGGACACAGAGUUGAAAGCAUUCCCAUAUCAACCUCCCAAAAAGACAUGAAACCUAACUUUUAUUUGUCUUAAAUUAUAUGACUGAAAAACAGCUUGUAAGCUUUAUUUUCCAACCUAUAUAUUUUUUGCAGUGGUUUCCUUGGUCACCCAUGCACUUGGCAUGAAACUCAACAUGCAUACUGACUGAAUGAUUAUUUAUGCCUUUGGUGGCAUGAUGAUAUGCAUAUUGCAACCAGCAAAAUGUCUUUGUUUACUAAUAGAUGUUGCAUCAUUAGCUGAUUUGUCAAUGCCUAUCAAAAAAUAAAUCAUACUCCCACUUUCUGAGA